GCCCGCAGGGGUGGCGGCACCGCCGGAGGGCAGCCAGGGGAGCCGGGCAGGGCGGAGAAGUGGCUGCGGAGUGGUUGAGCAUUGGAGUUCCAGGGCACCUUCUGUCCCCUCCAGCCCAGGGUUUAGCUACAAGUGGAAGGCAGGUCUUUGAAAUACAGGAUGGCUACUCAGCAGCUAGUCAGGCAAAAGAAAAAAUCCUCUAAGUGGUGCUCUUUUGGCCUUGCCCUCCUGUUGCAGGAAGCAGUGCUGUUCCCUGAUGCCAUCACCACGGAGCAGCAGUCUCUGGUGCUGGUGAAGAGGCUCCUGGCCAUCUCCGUGUCCUGUAUCACCUACAUGAGGGGGCUGUUCCCAGAGAGCUCCUACGGAACCCGCUGCUUGGAUGACCUGUGUCUAAAAAUUCUGCGAGAAGAUAAAAGCUGUCUGGGAUCAUUGCAGAUAGUCAAGUGGAUUCAAGGUUGUUUUGAUGCUUUGGAGAAGCAGUAUCUCCACGUCGCUGUCCUUGCAAUUUACACCAAUCCCAAGGAACCGGAGGUGGUGACUGAACUCUAUCAAUUCAAAUUCAAGUAUAAGAAGAAUGUGCCACAGAUGGACAUCAGCAGCAACCACAGGGAGUUUGUGACUGGGCUGUGCAGCGAGGACAUCAAACAGGCCAGCAGGCUCCUGCUCCGUAAGCUCUACCUGCUCAUGCAGAACCUGGGGCCACUGCCCAAUGACAUCACCCUCACCAUGAAACUCCUCUACUACAACGAUGUCACUCCCAAAGAUUACCAGCCCCCUGGCUUUAAGGAAGAUGCCAGCCCUGGUGACCUGUUGUUUGGGGGGGAUCCCGUCAGCCUGAAACUGGGGUCAGUCUCCACUGACUUCCACCUCAUGAAAGUGAGAGUGACAACUGAGAAGAAGAGGAUGAGGAAGGCUCACAGCAAGCUGAUCCAGAAGAGAGGCCCUACUGAGAUCUCCCACCAAGGAUUAGACUGCGAGGAGGAGGAAGAGGAGGGGAGCACCAAGAAUCACCCUCUCCCUGUCAGAGUAGAUUCAAGUGAGCAGGAAGGGAACAAAAAUGACACCCACCCAGGCAGGAAAAUGGAAGCAUCUUCUUUUUGCCUUCAAGAUGCAGGCAGGAAGAAGAGGGCAGGAAUAAAGGAGACAGGCAGGAUGCCUUGCUCAAGGGCAUCCCAGCAGAUAAACCUCCUGAACCUUGCCUUUAGCCAGGAAGAGGUAACAGGACCCGAGAAGAAAAGGAAGGUCAGUGAACCAGAGAAGCUGCCUCUGAACAGCAGGAAAUUAUGUUCAUUCUGACACAGAAUCCAUUUUGGAAGGUGUGAGUUUGCACUGUCAUCUGACUGGUACAGACCUCUCCUUCUCACAGAGUUUAACCCUUCCACAGCCCCUGUGUAUUUGUGAAUGUUGUCUCAUGAAAACUCUGGAUUGCAGGGAGACAACAAGCCCCAUAAUUGUCAUGACCUUGUCAACCACCAGCCCUUGUUUGAUAUUCUAAAGUUGAGGAUUUAUAAUUC